UGUGCUUCGCAACUCUGAUAAAUUUGGUGCUAUACAACUUUCUGCAACAGUUGAAUCAAUUAGUUAACCUUACUAUUCAGAUGCUCAAAUGGCUUUCACACAAAUCUAGACAGCGAAACGAUUGCUCCCUAGAUUAUUAGCGCAAAUCUGCAAGUUCCGACAAUCCGUAUGAACAUCGUCCAAUUCUCAGUUGCCGAGUUUGAUCGGACUGAAAGCGCCAUUGGAAGAUGAGAAAAACGCGGCAAGCCGCAGAAUUUUCGGAACUAAAGGAACUAGUACACCAGCUUCGAGUGUCCGAUCUGCAACAAUUGCUUGGGGAGCACAACGUCAGUCGCAGUGGUCGUAAAACUGAGUUGAUUGAGCGUGUCCUGAUCCUUGUGCGUCAGAAUAUUUCCGUAUUGAAACAUAAAGUGCGUGACCUUCACCGUAAAGCUCUGCAGGAGACUGUAGAGUCUUCAUCCAACCUAGCGUUGCAUAGCGUAAGAGAGCAUUCGGUGCAGCCGUCCGUCAGUACAGAUACAAACCUUGCUCUAGCUGUGCAAUCGCUCAUAUCAUCUGGGUUGUAUGUAGGUGCUAACAGCGACAAAACUAGCGUUCCAAACAACAAUAAUAGUAUCCACGCCGUGUCUAAUUCACGCGCUGUAGCGGGAAUGUAUCAACAACAAUAUGCAAAUACCGUUCAAAAUGAUAAUCGCGUAAGCCAAGUGCACGCGAACGGCAUUACGACUCCAGGGUAUACCGAAAAUCCAGGUUUCCCCAUUCACCCAGAUGUUCGUGUGAAAAAACUAGCAUUUUACGACGUUCUGGCCACUUUGCUUAAGCCUGCCACAUUGGUGCCUAGCAACACAACCCAGCGAGUGCAGGAGGGAUCUUUUUACUUCCAUCUGACUCCGCAGCAGGCAACGGAUGUGGCACUCAACCGUGACACGCGUAAUGCAAACCGGAUUGAGCACACUAUCCAGGUCCAGUUACGCUUCUGCCUAUUGGAAACAUCCUGCGAGCAGGAAGACUACUUUCCUCCGAAUAUCGUCGUGAAAGUGAACAACAAGUUGUGUCCGUUACCGAAUCCCAUUCCUACCAACAAACCCGGAGUUGAACCAAAGAGACCUCCGAGGCCGGUCAACAUUACACCAAACGUUAAGCUUUCCCCAGUUGUAGCGAAUCACAUAACCGUAUCAUGGUGCACUGAAUACAACCGCGGUUAUGCUGUUGCUUGCUAUUUGGUACGCAAAUUAACAUCCGUUCAACUCUUGCAACGGAUGAAAUCAAAAGGAGUGAAGCCUGCGGACUACACCAGAGCAUUAAUAAAAGAAAAACUGAAUGAAGAUGCAGAUUGUGAAAUAGCUACAACCAUGCUGAAAGUAUCACUUAUUUGCCCUCUGGGUAAAGCUCGCAUGAUAACUCCGUGUCGGGCUUCUACUUGCUCCCAUCUGCAAUGUUUCGACGCAAGACUAUACCUUCAGAUGAAUGAGCGAAAACCUACUUGGAACUGCCCCGUGUGUGACAAACCGGCUGUUUAUGAUAAUUUAGUUAUCGAUGGCUAUUUCCAAGAAGUAUUAGAUUCAAAUAAGUUGUCGUACGAGGAUACGGAAAUUCAACUUCACAAAGAUGGAUCUUGGAGCACGCACAUAAAGCAAAGUGAAUUUUGUGACGAAUCUCCUGGAAAAGCCAUCCAGAAAGUGGAAGUUAUUUCGGAUGACAUAGAAGUUAUUACUACCGAUCCUCCCAAAAAUACCAUCGUUCCGCAGACAUCUGUCAUCUCACCUAAUGAGCCCACCUCUACAACAACUUCCAACGAAACGGUGGACCUAACACUCAGCGAUACGGACGAUGAAGGGUCACAUAAAAAGAAAACUAAUAACGGCAGAUCGACAAGCAGCUCUAACAAUCCUUCUUCAUCUUCCGCUUUGACUGGCAACGCUUCGGCUGGUUCCGCUGCAUUAACGAGAUCCAAAGUCAAUGAGGAUCCAUCAUCGUCCGUGAUAUCUCUAGAUUCGCCAUCUCCACCAUCCACACCCAACCCUUCACACAACGGCAACAAUAAUGAUGUUUCUUCAACAACCACCUUAUCACUGGCAUAUAACCAUCAGCAGCAACAAUCCCCCGGUGGAACAAGCGCUGAUCAAGUGAGUAAUUUUCAAAUCAAUCCUCUGGCUCUCAAUAGGUGAGAAAAUAGCAGCAGCAGAGUUGUGACCAUUUACGAAUGAAUACGAAUUACGGAGAAAGAAUCAACUGCAUGCGGUGUUGCAGGAUGCUAUAAGGAAUAAUACAUUUUCAUACAUUAUUUAAACUUUUUUUCGUUAAUAAUAAAUUUUCAAUUUCGCUUACAUGAAUUCUGACAACAACGCGUUGGAAAGUUACAGUACAACUACGAAAAUAAGAAUCCAUUAUAAUAAUAGCAACUUAAUUAAUAUCAUUUCAACAAAUCCAUAAGCAUUCAAUGGAAGAAUUCAUUUCUU